AUGGCGAAACGGAAGCUCAUCGUCGUCGUGCAGGCCUUUGCGAUUGGCAUGCUGCUUUUCAGCUUGCUGGUUUCGUAUGAUCUUUUCUCCGGGAAAGAGUACUUUAACAACGCCUACAAACAGUUCCGAAAGCCGGCACCCACCGAAGAAACGCACGGAGCAUCUCCGCAAAAUGGAGAAGAUCGGACGAACUCUACCGCAACAUCGCCGGCUCAAGCCCCGGCUCACACCCCGACGCCCACAACUACACAAUCACCAUCGUCUAGUGGUGACACCGACAGCUCCAAGUUAGCGGGUGGUAAUCCGGAGCAUAUUAAGAGCGCUCCCAAGUACAUCAAUGCUAUUCUCGACCCGGAGGACAAGAACUUCCCCAGGCUAGAUUGCCCCCGGCUCGAUGUCGAGCGUUAUCAAUACCUCAAGCCCACCUCGAAGCUGAAGAAGCCAAAAUUCUUCAUCGCCCUCAACAUCCGCCAGAAGGCCGACCUACUUCCCCGAUUAAUGGGUUCCAUCGUCGAAACUUUGCACUUCUUUGGACCCGAAAAUUGCGUCCUCUCGAUAGUAGAGGGAAACUCUAACGAUGGUACCUAUGAGAUCCUGAAGGAGCUCGCGAGCGAGAUCGAGAAGCUCGGAACCAAGUACCAUUUUGAUCGUAGCGACCUUGACCCGGGUGCCGGCGACCGCAUCAAGAAGCUCGCCGAGCUACGUAAUAUGGCCAUCGCGCCCCUCGUCAACGACCCUCAAAAGUACGCCUCUGACACCACAGUCCUGUUUCUUAACGACGUUGCAAUUUGCCUGGAAGACAUUCUUGAGCUUGCCCACCAGCGCCUCUACUUGUCCGCCGACAUGACGUGUGGUUUCGACUGGACCUACGUCGGCCCAGACCCGACCUUCUAUGACGUCUGGAUCAGCCGCACCAUCGCAGGCGAUUCCUUUUUCGAAAUACCCCCUGACGGUAAUUGGAAUUCGGCUUGGAACAUCUUCUGGAACGAGGAGACAUCUCGUCGACGCUUCUUCGACCACAAGCCGAUCCAGGUCUUUUCUUGCUGGAACGGCGCUGUGGCAAUGACGGCGCGGCCGCUGUUGGACCAGAUUGUUAGGUUCAGGGCACCUACUCAGUCGGAGUGCUUCCAAGGCGAGCCGCAGCUGUUUUGCAAGGACCUGUGGUACAACGGGUUCGGAAAGAUUGCCGUCAUCCCGAGCGUCAACUUGGAAUACAGUGACGACGCAGGCAGGAAAAUUAAGGCGUCCAAGGGCUAUACUAGCCAAUGGGUUGGGGGCGAAGACAAAAUUGAGGACUUCAAACUGGAUUGGAAGGUUGAUCCUCCCGAGAAGGUAAAAUGUAUACCUAGUUAUGACAAACAAACGUUUGAGCCCUGGAACCAGGGUCUAGAAUAA